GGAGGGCAGGGCAGGAAGGCGGUGUGCUGUAGGGAAGUGCGUGUGUUCGCAGCUCCUGGAGGAGGUUAGUGUUUGUUUUCAGUGUUGUGCAUGAAGAUUUAAUCAUCGAAAGUGCUGUGAGUGAUUGUGAACCAAUGCAGGAUGAAAGUGAACACUGGUGGAGCUGUCUCAUGCUCCUUCUUCCUGCAGUUCUGGAAGUGGAAACAUGCUUCAGUUAAAUUUAGUCUGUGUCCUUUUUGAAGCUCAAGGUGGACAUGUUGUCUAAUGAGUUUGACUGUCUCUCCUAGAAGUGAGGUGGCGCCAUGGCGAGUGACAUGGUCCUGCUAAUGAAGGGUCUGGCCAGGCUGAGCCAGGCAGUGCUCGAGACCCAAACGAGUGCCCUGAGGAACGGCGGAGCCGUGACACAAAGCAUGCAAAUGACAGCAGAGCAGGCUAUGAGCGUGGCCAUACAGAAAAUACAGGAAUUUGGAAGCAAGCAACAAAGUGUGACGGACUUCAGCACAGGCAUGGAUGAUAAGUAUGCUUUCUCCAGUGAGGAGGAUUACACUGAGGGCAUGACCCAGACAGAGCAGUGUGAUAACGCGUUCACGGAUGCCAGUGUGGACAGUGCUAGAACAUCCUACCAGUCAGUAGGCAAAUCCAAUGUUUUUGAACGCUAUAAGGAUCCGACAAAGCAGUUCACAGGGACUCGCUCAUACCACCAGGAUCACUCGUCUGUAGGUGGGCUCACGGCCAAAGACAUCAACAAAGCCAGGGAGUCCAAGCAGAGCAUCAGCAAGCCCCAAAAACAAAUGCUGAGUGAAAGAGCAAGGGAGCAAAAGGUUCCUGUGACACGACUGGGAAGACUGGCAAAUUUUGGAGGCCUCGCAGUAGGUCUUGGCAUUGGAGCAUUGGCUGAGGUGGCCAAGAAAAGCCUGCGCCCAGAAGAAAAGAAUGGAAACAAAAAGGCUGUUUUACACUCCAGCCCGUUCCUGUCUGAGGCCAAUGCAGAGCGUAUUGUCAGGACGCUGUGUAAAGUACGCGGAGCGGCGCUCAAGCUGGGACAGAUGCUCAGCAUUCAGGACGAUGCUUUCAUCAAUCCUCACCUCGCAAAGAUCUUUGAGCGGGUCCGUCAGAGUGCAGACUUCAUGCCCAUCAAGCAGAUGAUGAAAGCUCUGAAUAAUGACCUGGGCCCAAACUGGAGGGACAAUUUGGAAAUGUUCGAGGAGAGACCCUUUGCUGCUGCCUCCAUCGGGCAAGUGCAUCUGGCCAGAAUGAAGGAUGGCCGAGAGGUAGCUAUGAAGAUCCAGUACCCUGGAGUUGCACAGAGCAUCAACAGCGACGUGAACAACCUGAUGACCGUUCUUAGCAUGAGCAAUGCCCUGCCUGAAGGUCUGUUUCCAGAGCACUUGAUAGACGUGAUGCGGCGAGAGCUGGUCCUGGAGUGUGAUUAUCUCCGGGAGGCCGAGUGCGCCCGCAAAUUCAAGAAGCUCUUGGAAGGUCAUCCCUUCUUUUACGUGCCUGACGUGAUUGACGAGCUGAGCAGCCGGCACGUUCUUACCACUGAAAUGGUGCAAGGCUUCCCCCUGGAUCAAGCUGAAGAACUCUCGCAGGACCUCAAAAAUGAAAUCUGUAAGAACAUUCUGGUUCUCUGCCUGAGAGAGCUCUUUGAAUUUCAGUACAUGCAAACAGACCCCAACUGGUCCAACUUCUUGUAUGACCCACAGAUCCACAAGGUUGCAUUGUUGGACUUCGGUGCAACUCGAGGCUUUGAUGAGAGUUUCACAGACAGCUACAUAGAGAUCAUCAAGGCAGCUGCAGACGGGGACAGAGAAGGAGUCCUGAAGCGUUCAGUAGAUAUGAAGUUUCUCACUGGAUUCGAGUCUAAAGCUAUGGAGAAAGCCCACGUGGAUGCAGUGAUGAUCUUGGGUGAGGCGUUCGCCUCAGCCGAGCCGUUCAAUUUCGGUGCUCAGAGCACUACAGAGCGCAUCCACAGUCUGAUUCCAGUCAUGCUGAAGCAACGGCUCACGCCUCCUCCUGAAGAAACCUACUCGCUACACCGCAAGAUGGGUGGCUCCUUCCUUAUCUGUUCACGCCUAAAUGCCAAGCUAAGUUGCAAGGACAUGUUCCAACAGGCUUACAGCAACUACUGGAGCAAACGGCAGAAGGCAUCCAGCCAGUGAGUGACGGCGUGUGGCAGAUCAUAAGCCAUUAUGUCAUGAGUUUGGGCAGACCACUGGCUCAGUAACCAAUAUAAUUUUUUUUUUUUUUUUAAUUGUACCUUUUUAGGCUCACCCUACCUGCUGAGCCUGAAUCAUAGACUGAGUUUAUUCUGCUUUAGAGUACGUUAUCCAUGAUGGAUAAUUAUAUGGCUCGUCCUCUUUUGACAGCAUUUCUACGUUGUCUUUCAGGUGGAUAUUGUGGUUGUGUAAUGUGCCGACGAAAUAGUAUGACCAUGUGAAUUCUAAUUCACAUGAUGGGGGGCUUCUAAUGAUGGGGAUAUUUUACUAUAAAAGAGAAUACAGUGUCCAUGGACAAAGUUGCAGAAAGUUGGAUAUUUGAUAACUAUACCAGCAGGUUGUACAACCCCAAUUCCAAAAAGGUUGGGACACUGUGUAAAACAUAAAUAAAAACAGAAUGCAAAGAUUUGCAAAUCAUGGAAGCCCUAUAUUUCAUUGAAAAUAGUACAAAGACAACAUAUCAAAUGUUGAAACUGAGAAAUUUUGUUUUUUGAAAAAUAUAUGCUCCAUUUUGAAUUUGAUGUCAGCAACACGUUUCAGAAAAGUUGGGACACGGGCAACAAAAGACUGAAAAAGUUGUGUAAUGCUUAAAAAAAAAAACUAAUUUGGUUAAUUGGCAACAGGUCAGUAACAUGACUGGAUAUAAAAAAAAAAAGCAUCCCAGAGAGGUGGAGUCUCUUAGAAGUAAAGAUGGGGAUGGGUUCAACGCUUUAUGUAAGACUGUGAGGGCAAACAGUGCAACAAUUUAAGAAUAAUGUUCCUCAAUGUAAAAUUGCAAAGAAUUUGGGGAUCACAUCAUCUAUGGUCCAUAAUAUCAUUAAAAGAUUCAGAGAAUCUGGAGAAAUCUCUGUAUGCAAGAGACAAGGCUGAAAGCUGACAUUGGAUGCCUGUGAUCUUCAGGCCCUCAGGAGACACUGCAUUAAAAGCAGACGUGUCUGUAGUGGAAAUCACUGUAUGGGCUCAGGAACACGUCAGAAAACCAUGGUCUGUGGAAACAGUUCAUUACUGCAUCCACAAAUGCAAGUUAAAACCAGAUAUAAACAAUAUCCAGAAACACCGCCACCUUCUCUGGGCCCGAGCUCUUUUAAGAUGGUCUGAGGCAAAGUGGAAAAUUGUCCCGAGGUCUGAUGAAUCAAAAGUAGAAAUUCUUUUUAGAAAUCAUGGACACCAUGUCCUCCAGGCUAAAGAGGAGAGGGACCAUCUGGCUUAUUAUCAGUGUGCAGUUCAAAAGCCAGCAUCUGUGAUGGUAUGAGGGUGCAUUAGUGCAUGUGAUAUGGGUAGCUUGUACAUCUGGGAAGGCGUCAUUAAUGCUGAAUGAUAUCUACAUAUUUCAGAGCAAUAUACUGCCAUCCAGACAAAAUCUUUUUCAGGGAAGGCCUUCUUUCUUUCAGCAAGACAAUGCCAAAACGCUUUCUGCACAUAUUAAAACUGCGUGGCUUUGUAGUAUAAGAGUCUAGGUGCUAAACAGGCCUGCCUGGAGUCCAGACCUGUCUCCUAUUUAAAACAUUUGGUGCAUUAUGAAGUGGAAAAUACGACAAAGGAGACCCCGAACAAUUGAGCAACUGAAAUUUUAUAUCAGGCAAGAAUGGGAUGAUAUUUCUCUUUCAAAACUACAGCAAUGGGUCUCCUCAGUUCCCAAACGUUUACAGUGUUGAUAAAAGUAGAGAUGAUGCAAUACAGUAGUAAACACGCCCCUGUCCCAACAUUUUUGAAACGUGUUGCUGAUAUCAAAUUCAAAAUGAGUAUAUAUUUUUCAAAAAACAAUAACGUGUCUCAGUUUCAAUGUUUGAUAU